AUGCUGCCGGUCCCGGAAAACCUCCCGUACCCUAUCGAGGAGAAGACAUGGGGGAAAUCCGUCGAUACACUCGAUGAGAAGAACCAGACGGAAGGAAUACUAAACGGCCAUAUAACUUGUGUAUUGCGGGCAUGGAAAAUGAUGUGCAUUACCGACCGUGCCCUAUGGAACGACUUUCGCGAGGAAUUCGAUGGAUGGACUCUGGACACAUUCAAGGUGGCAAGCAAAACCGCAUUGAAAAUGCUUCGACUUCACCUGACCACUCACGGGGUAUGGAUCAAAGUCGGUAUAGGGAUAUCCUUCGCGAAGGGUCUAUACGACUGCCUUCAAGAGACCAAUCAGCACGAAUGGACCAAAGAAGACAUCGAGGCCCAUCUGAAGGAGUACCCAGACAACUUCAACUCCAGAUGGAACCCUGCACGCGGCCAAUCACCGACUAUCCGUCUAAAUGCCCCAGCAGCACGAGCUACUCCGGUGAACCCUCCAAAUCCUCAAACCCCACGGACGAAUGUUGAGAAACCACACAUCGAACGAAGCGACCAGACAUGGGAAGAAGCUAGAGCCGUCACGCCCGAUACAGCCUAUAUGGACAAUCACAUACAGCAACAAUCCGAUUACGGUAGAUUCCAACAAAGUUCCUCGGACAUGCUGUUACCGAGAAUGAUUGACGCAGUAACGAGGCAGUACAGCAACACGGACGAUAAGUAUGGCGGAGGACUGUAUGAUGACUUCAACACAAAGUUAGUCAAGUUCUACGACGCCUGUGAAAAGAUCGGCCUACAGGAGCAUCAGUUCCACAUCGCAUUCUCCCUUAUGCUUAAGGGCAGAGCGGAGAAAUUUUACUUCACACGGAUCAAAGGAAAGGCAAGGGAUUUUCCAACAAUGGUAGAGAUGAUGAGGGCACACUUCGACACAGAGGAAAACCGUCAGAGAUCUAUCACUGAGUGGAGAGAGACUACCCUCCCGAGGAUUAUUGCUCAAAAUCCUGAGAAGUCACGCUCAGAUUGCCUCGAAAUGCUCUUCGAUACACUGGAGAAGAUCCAGCCAGGGUUACCACCAGAAUACCGGUCGGAGACGACACUACGGGAACAAACCAUCAAUGCUUGCAGAGGUGUCGAGGAAUGCAAGUUCUCCUUAUACAGGCCGGCGAGCACCCUAGAGGGGGUACAAGCAGAACUACGAUCCGCCGUUGCCAAUGCGAUUUUUCCACCACAUGCGGGGCAAUUUCAAGCUUGCGAGGAGUACGACGUGUACGACCAGCAUUGGACUGACCGCACAUACGGAGGAAGAGGUCGUGGAUAUAGCCGCGGUGGCUAUAACCAGCGCAGAGGAAGCUAUGGGUACGGCAACAACCGCGAACUUACUUCUUUCCGUGGUUCAGGACCACGAGGAGACUACCGCGGAAGUCGACGAGGAAACCAAGGGUCCCGCCAGGGGAGAUGCUAUGUCUGUGGAAAGCCAGGAUGCUGGUCGAAGUAUCAUACUGGGGAGGAACGGAAACGAUCGCUUGAUAACUUCCGCGAGCAACACUUCUUUACGACAGGCCGGACAGCUACCCCACAGGACUUCCAAAUGUUUAUUAGCGACUUUGAGGGUGUAGAGGAGACAGAGGGGCUAGGCGACGGCGAGAGGCAUGACCAAAGCCAGAUACUCGCAGCCAUGACUAUUGAGAAUAGUGAGCACGAGGGAUUCUUGACGGAACUUGGCGAAGUCGACGGGAUAAGGAUGAUAUCUAUCUUGAACGACCAGUCAACAUACCACUUCUUCACUAAGGACGACAUUUUUCAGCAGCGACAAACCAACGGACAGGCCACAGAAGUGUUCACACUCGACAAUCGGUAUUCAUCUGACACAUUCCAGGGCAUCAUGCCAGAUACUGGAGCCUCUGGGGUUUCAUCCGCUGGUGAGCCUCAAUUCAGGGCAUUGUGUAAGCUUGACCCUAAAGUCAGACUUGAUACGUCCCGGGCUGGGGAACAGAAGAUUAAAUUCGGCGACGGGGAUCCAAGACCCUCGUUAGGGACUGUCGAUGUCGGCACCCCGAUUGGAACUAUUACGUUUCAUGUCCUCCCUACGAACACACCGUUUCUCUUCUGCCUCAAGGACAUGGAUGCUAUGGGAGUGGAGCUCCGAAACAAGAAGAACGUGCUUGAGCGAGGAGACAAGAGAGUACCUAUCGUACGCAAGUGGGGACAUCCAUGGAUGUUGCUGCAUAAUCUGGAGGAGAUAGCAGCAUGGAGCCACCUUACCGAGGCGGAGCUACGGCAACUUCACCGACGUUUCGGACACCCAUCAGUGCGAAGACUAACCCGAAUCCUUCAACGCGCCGGGCAUGAGGUAGAUUCGCAAUGCAUCGACUAUCUCACGAAAUUCUGCCAUAAUUGCCAGAUGAAAGGUAAAUCCCCAGGACGAUUCAAAUUCACUUUGAAAGAUGACUAUGAGUUCAACUACUCGGUUAUCGUCGAUAUCCUAUACAUCGAAGGAAAGCCCGUUUUGCAAGUCGUCGAUGCAGCCACAUCGUUUAGUGCUGCGAGAUUCCUGAGAGACAUGUCUGCACGCAAUGCUUGGGACACACUUCGGGCAUGCUGGAUCGAUACCUACCAGGGACCCCCGGACUACGUUGUGCACGAUGCGGGGAAGAAUUUCACAUCUACCGAGUUCAAGCAGCUUGCAUCAUCAAUGUCAAUCAAGAUCAAGGAAGCCCCCGUGGAAGCCCAUAAUAGCGUGGGGAAAGUGGAACGAUACCAUGCACCACUUCGCCGUGCCUACGAAAUUCUUAGAGAAGAGCUUAAGGAUGAGAGUAUUGACAGGGAGAUGAUCCUGCAGAUGGCUGUGAAAGCUGUCAACGACUCAGCCGGACCAGAUGGAAUUGUCCCAACGCUGCUUGUCUUCGGGGCAUACCCAAGAAUGACCGAAAUGGAUCCACCAUCACCUUCGGUAGUCAAGAGAGCUGAGGCCAUCCGUGCUGCGACCAAAGAGAUCCGUCGCCUGCAUGCGGAACGCCAGGUGAACGACGCCCUUGCAAUGCGUAACGGUCCGAACAUUACCACCACGUUGGACCUACCAUUGCAAUCAGAUGUUCGAGUCUGGCGCGAGAAAGGCGGAUGGAAGGGCCCAUAUAAGCUCUUAGCAAUGGAUGGAGAGACUUGCACCGUGGAUAUGCCACAUGGUCCUACGAAAUUCCGAUCAACUGUUGUCAAGCCCUACUACAGAGAAGAGCUCCUAGAGGGAGAGGGAGGACAACGUCGUAUUAGGGCAGAGGACGACCAAGUGGAUAAGACUGCUGAUUCGAAACAAGUUGACGAGCCCGAUAAACCAGUCGAAAUCCAACGACGAGGUCGAGGACGACCACCAGGAUCGAAGAAUAAACCGAAGCCGCAGGCAACCGUGCGACGGAGCACCCGACGAAAUCCUGCUCAUUAUCAAGAUCUCGAGGAUCAAUUCAUCAACGCUAUCUGGGAAGGACAAGACGUUUCAACGGCGCUUAUGACAAGUAAAGAACGAGCCGACAUGGAACUGUCCAUCAGGUUGAGGAACGAAGGUGUUAUCACGACCCCUGGAUCGCCAUUCGAGCAGUCCCAGAACAAGGAGAUUGAAGGGCUGAUAGCCAGAGGGGUAUUCGACUUCGUGCAAUACGAUCCAAUGAAGCACGAUGGUGUACGCAUCUUCAACUCGCGCCUAGUCAACGAGAUCAAGGGUAAGGCUACGGGUACGCCUUUCGAAAAGUCACGGCUUGUUAUCCAGGCCUACAAUGACGAAGGAAAAGGGAUGAUUCUCACCCAAUCUCCGACGAUUCAGCGAGCCAGCCAACGUAUCAUCGUUGCACUGGCCCCAUCACUGAGCGAAAAGAACAUCAGUCUGUCGAUCCGGGACAUUACACAGGCAUAUGUCCAGUCAACAACCUCAUUGAACCGACUGAUCCUGGCGUAUCUACCCAAGGAGAUUAAGAGCAAAUUCCCAGCAGGCACAAUUAUGGUAGUGCGGAAACCGUUAUACGGGAUCCCUGAAGCUGGGACCCAUUGGUGGGCAACGUACCACAAGCACCACCGGGAAAGGCUCGAGAUGGUCACAUCGACUUACGACCCAUGCUUAUUGGUCUCCACUGGAAAGGGAGCUUUCGGUGUUGUUGGAACGCAAACCGAUGAUACACUGAUUUUGGGGACCGACGAGUUUGCCACGCUCGAAGAGAAGGAAUUGAGGCAAAGAGACGUUACCGUUGAGUUACGCCAAAAGGAGCAGGGUAAGAGGCUAAAGCUCAUCGACCACAAUUCCAAGGGCUUUAAGCACGUGUAUAUGGAACAGCGUGCUCGCGGAGCCUACAUUGCAACGAUCUGCCAGCCGGAGGCUGCAUUCGACCUAUCCGUUGCCGCCCAACACCAGGACCCUACGGAAGCCGACGUCAACGCGUUGAACAAACGCAUCAAGUGGCAGAUGAAGAACCAAGACAGGGGCAUCAAAUAUAUCGCCAUAGAUCUGUCAACUGCAAAGCUCUUCGUAUUCGUCGAUGGAUCCUUCGCGAACAACAAAGAUUUCAGCUCCCAGAUUGGAUAUGAGAUCAUCCUUGCAAACGAGUCCGCACAGAAUGAGGAAUUCGAGAUCACCGGAAACCUGAUCCACUGGAGCUCAACCAAGAGCAAACGCGUUACUAGGAGCGUUCUGGCUUCAGAGAUCUAUGGGAUGGUAGGAGGUGUCGACAUGGCAAUUGCAAUCGGCACAACAAUCAAGAUGAUCACGGACCAACUUGGUUGUGGGAAGAUCCCUACCAUCGUAUGCACGGAUUCAUACUCCCUUUAUGAAUGCCUCGUCAAGCUUGGGACCACGAAGGAGAAACGCCUCAUGAUUGACAUCAUGGCACUUCGCCAGUCAUACGAGCGGAGAGAGAUAAUGGAAAUAAGGUGGAUUAACGGGAACGACAAUCCAGCGGAUGCAAUGACCAAAGCAGACCCUAACAAGGCCCUGGAGAAGUUCAUCAGCACAAACACCUUACGAGUGCGAGUUGAGGGAUGGGUGGAGAGACAAUAG